GUUCCGUUCGACUUUAUAUCCCACAAUUCCUUUCUCCGCCUUCCUCUUUCCCUACUGCAGCAAUGUCUAAGAGAGGACGUGGUGGUUCAUCUGGAGCCAAGUUCCGCAUCUCACUGGGUCUCCCAGUGGGUGCGGUCAUCAACUGUGCCGACAACACAGGUGCCAAGAACCUGUACAUCAUCUCUGUGAAGGGCAUCAAGGGACGUCUGAACCGUCUGCCUGCAGCUGGAGUGGGUGACAUGGUCAUGGCCACAGUCAAGAAAGGCAAGCCAGAGCUCAGGAAGAAGGUGCAUCCUGCAGUGGUGAUACGGCAGCGGAAGUCGUAUCGGCGAAAAGAUGGCGUGUUUCUCUACUUUGAAGACAACGCAGGUGUCAUAGUAAACAACAAAGGAGAAAUGAAAGGUUCAGCCAUCACAGGCCCAGUGGCCAAAGAGUGCGCCGACCUGUGGCCCAGGAUUGCCUCCAACGCUGGCAGCAUUGCCUGAGCUGGACCCUGCACCUCUGUUCAUUUUCAAUAAAAGCUGUCAAUCAA